CUUGGUUUCCCAAAGAAAUAAGAGCACCAAUCGUUAGGGCUCCAGAGUCCUCUUCCUGUUCAGAAAGAACAACAAGACUGGAGAACAAAGAUAACACUGAGUCAUGUCUGACUCGGAGACCAUCGAGCUAGCCGCUCUGGGCCGACCCUUCCAGCUGGGGAUGCUGUAUGACUGUCGUAGAGAUGUCCUCAUUCCAGCUAUCACUCUCUGGGAUUCUGAGAUGCUGCAGAAACACAUCAAUGUCCGUCCACAACCGAACACUGACUUCAAAAUCAUUGCUUCAGACUCAAGUGAAGCCAAGUCAGAAGCUUUGAAUGUGUCUGCAUCUCUUGAGGCCAGUUUCCUUGGUGGCUUAGUCAGUGUGAAGGUUUCUGCUGAAUUCCUACAUGACAAAAAGACCUCAAAGCGUCAGUCCAGGGUUUCUUUGCAGUACCGUGCCACCACUCGCUUCGAGCAGUUGACCAUGGACCACCUGGGGGCAGGAAAUGUGAAAUUCUCUAAUGUCUUACAAGAGGGCUCUGCAACCCAUGUGGUGACUGCCCUGCUCUAUGGAGCGCAGGCCUUUUUAGCUUUUGACCAAGAUGUUUCCUCAGGAGGAAACCACCAGGACAUCCAUGGCAACCUGCAGGCCACAAUAAAAAAGAUCCCUCUCAUAUCAAUAGAAGGGCAGGCAAAUUUGAAGAUGAGUGAGGAAGAGCAGAGAGAGGCCAAUAAAUUCAACUGCACCUUCCAUGGUGAUUUUGCACUAGAAAACAACCCUGUCACAUUUGAAGAUGCCAUCAGGGUGUAUGCUGGCCUGCCACGUCUGCUAGGGGAGAAUGGAAAACAUGCUGUGCCCAUGACCGUCUGGCUCUAUCAUCUCAAGAACCUGGACUCUGCAGCUGCCCAGCUAGUCAGGCAGAUCAGUGUUUGCCUGGUGCGUCGCGCACAGCGAAUCUUGGACGGACUCGACAAUACUGAUGUACAAUGCCAGGACAUGAUGAAGGAAGACAUGGCUAUCAAGUUCCCUGAACUCAAAGCCAAGCUCAACAAGUUCAGGGACUUGUGCUCAGAGUACAAGCUGGUGUUCCAGAAAGGUCUCUGCAAGGUUCUUCCCAACAUAAGAGGAGGAGGAAUGGAGGAGGAAGAGCUGAUAAAAAUUAUCAACAGCAAAGAACGUUCUCCAUUCCAGAAUGACCUCAUGAUCACGUACCUGAACGACAAAGAGAGAGAGAGAUGA